UGGGAUGCAGCCCAGUGCCUGAGGUCCUUACCAUGGUGAUGGUCCUAAGGAGAAGCCUCAUCAUCCAGGGAGCUGACUCCAUAGCACACAGGACCUUCGUCCCUGAACUGCACACGCCAAAGAAGAUGAGUCAAGGACCUACCCUUCUCUCCUGUGGAAUUAUGGAAAAUGACAGAUGGCGAGACCUGGACAGAAAAUGCCCUCUUCAGAUUGACCAGCCAAGCGCCAGCAUCUGGGAGUGUCUGCCCGAUAAGUGUCAGGAUGGCUCCCUGUGGCACCAGGAGGCGGUGACUGCCUGUGCAGUGACCAGCCUAAUCAAAGACCUCAGCAUCAGUGACCACAACGGGAACCCCUCCGCUCCCCCCAGCAAACGCCAGUGCCGGUCACUCUCCUUCUCUGAUGAGAUGUCCAGCUGCCGGACGUCAUGGCGGCCCUUGGGGUCCAAAGUCUGGACUCCUGUGGAGAAGAGACGAUGCUACAGUGGGGGCAGCGUCCAGCGCUACUCCAACGGUGUCAGCCCCAUGCAGCGGAGCUCCAGCUUCAGCCUCCCUGCUCGGGCCAAUGGGCUCUCCUCACCUUGCCACCAGUCCAGCCUGCACCAGCGCCUUGGGGGACAGCCCUGCCAAGGAGCACCAGGUUCAGCUCCCUGUGGACAGGUGGGCGAUGCCUGGAGCCCUGACCCGCACCCUGCGGGAGGAGGCCGGCUCGACCUGCAGCGCUCCCUCUCUUGCUCACAUGAGCAGUUUUCCUUCCCAGAAUACUGUCCCCCUUCAGCCAACAGCACACCUGCCUCAACGCCAGAGCUGGCAAGACGCUCCAGUGGGCUUGCCCGCAGCCGCUCCCAGCCGUGUGUCCUUAAUGACAAGAAGAUUGGCGUGAAACGGCGACGUCCUGACGAAGUGCAGGAGCAAAGGCCUUCUCUGGACCUUGCCAAGAUGGCACAGAACUGUCAGCCCUUCAGCAGCCUCAGUUGCCUGAGCAUGGGGGUGGAAGACCACAGCUCCCAGAGCCCCUUCGCCCUCAUCAGCAGUACCCGAUCCUGGACCGCAUUGCUCUCAGCCUCCAACCCAGGGGGCAGGACCCCUGUGGGGACCCCGGUUCCAGAGCCCAUUCCCCAUUCCUUCGAUGAUCACUUCCCCUGCCAGGAGGACCUGUCCUGUGAGGAGUCGGAUGGCUGCAGUCUAGAUGAGGACUGCUGCAGGAAGGGGGAGCCGGCCACAGCCUGGCAGGACCUUGGAGCCUGCACAAACAGCCUCUGCUCUCUGGACGGCGAGCUGGACAUUGAGCAGAUAGAGAAGAACUGAGGGGGCGGGGGCGGUGGGCGAGGCCCGGGGCAGAGGCUUUGCCAUGGAUGGGCCUUCCUCCGGGCCUUAGGUGGUCACUCCAAGGGGGUUCCUGGCUCCUGGGUUUGGAAAAAGCUUCCAAAAGGGAGCCCACCCACUUCCCAGGGAGCAGUGGUCACCCCGCAGUGCCCAAAUUUGUGAAGGCAACUUGGCCACACCUCCCAAGCGACAGCUGGCCUCCCACCAGUUCCAUGGAACUACUGUAGCCCAA